AUGACCAGUUCUCCUGUCUCUAGAGUUGUCUACAAUAGCAAAAGGAAUAGUAGACCCUGGUCUCCAAGCAACAGCUGUGAGAUCUUUACUCCUGCUGAUCAGGAGAACGUUUGCUUCAUCUACGAAACUUUCAAACCUUUUGACUUGAGUGACCUGAAAUCCCAGAACAUACGAGAUGCCAAGAAGUCCUAA